CUGCUAGCUUUGAAUACCAAAAGCUGAAGAUCCUUUAUCUUUCAAUACACACUAGUUUGCUAGCUAUCAGUAGAGUAAAAUGUCUCUCAAUGUUCUGGCAACAUCUUCAGCUUCUACCAUUCCCCAGCUUUCUCGCAGGUCAGCCAAUUAUCAUCCUAGUGUGUGGGGAGACAAGUUCCUAGCAUACGAUACCCCUGAUCACAAGAAAGAUGAUACAGACACAGCGGAACAAGUUCAGAAGCUGAAAGAAGAGAUCAGGGAGAUGUUAGUGCAGACAGCGGCAGAGCCAAAACAGGUGAUCAACUUGAUUGAUGAUAUCCAACGAUCGGGUAUCGCGUACCAUUUUGAAGCUGAGAUUGAGGCUGUGUUGCAGCGUAUGAACGACAUCUAUGAUGAGUUUUGUGGGAGUAACGAUGUUGAUGACCUUCACCAUGUUGCACUGUGUUUCCGGCUACUAAGGCAAGCCGGGCAUAAUGUGUCCUCUACUGUGUUCCGCAAAUACAUGGAUGAUGACAGAAAGUUCAAGAAGUGCUUGCUUAGGGAUACUCGAGGACUGCUAAGCUUGUUUGAAGCAACACAUUUUAGGGUUCAUGAAGAAGAGAUACUGGAGGAAGCACUUCAGUUCACCAUCUUUCAUCUAGGGAACCUCAUGUCUUACUUGAGCAAACCUCUUGCAACCGAGAUCUCAUAUGCACUUAAGUAUCCUAUUCGAAAGAAUUUGAACAGGCUUGGAGUCAGGCACUACAUUUCUGCUGAAGAAAACAAUGAUGGGCAUAAUAUUGUUCUUAAAUUUGCAAAAUUAGACUUCAACCAGUUGCAGAAAAUGCAUCAACAAGAGCUAGGCAACAUUACCAGGUGGUGGAAAGAUUUAAAUUCUGCUGAGAAACUUCCAUUUGCUAGGGAUAGAGUGGUGGAGUGUUACUUCUGGAUACUAGGGGUGUACUUUGAGCCCCAAUAUUCCAUAGCCAGAAGAUUUCUAACUAAAGUCAUUAUGCUCGCAUCGGUUGUUGAUGAUAUUUAUGAUUUGUAUGGUACCUUGGAUGAACUUUUACUCUUCACUGAUGCAAUUGAAAGAUGGGACUCGAAUGCAUUAAAUCUGCUACCGGAUUACAUGAAAGUGUGCUAUCAAGCUCUCCUUGAUACUUACGGUGAAAUGGAGAAAGUGCUUGAAAAUGAAAGUGGAAGACCCUUAUAUCGUGUUCACGAAGGGAAGAAUUCAUUUACUAGGUUAGCCAAGGCAUAUCUUGAUGAAGCGAAGUGGUUUAAAGAAUGUUACUAUCCAACUAUAGAGGAGUAUAUGAAUGUGGCACUCGUGUCCUCGGGCUAUGGAACGAUGGCUACAAAUUCAUUUGUUGGAAUGGGAGACGAGGCAACAAGAGAAGCCUUCCAAUGGGUGUCGAAUGAUCCUUUGAUUGUUCAAGCUUCGUCCUUAAUUGCAAGACUCUGCGAUGACAUGACAGGUCACGAGUUUGAGCAGGAGAAAGGAGACAUACCGUCAGCUGUUGAGUGCUACAUGAAACAACAUGGUGCUACAAAAGAUGAAGCAUAUUUGGAAUUAGACAAAAGAGUUACAAUUGCUUGGAAAGAUAUUAAUCAAGAGUGUCUUAGUCCAACUCAGAUUCCACUGUCACUUCUUGCGAGAAUCGAUAAUCUUACACGAGCCAUAAAUAUACUGUAUGAUGGUGAUGACGGCUACACACAUUCAUCAACAAGGACAAAGGAUCUUAUAACCUCGGUGCUCAUUGAUCGGGUUCCAUCAUGAGGAUCUGUGCUCAUUGCUCAUAUAUUACUGUUCAUCUGUUUGUUUUAGUAUCUUCUUAAGUUUCUAAUCUUUCAUAUUGUGACUUGUUUCUGGAGAACCA